AUGCCAAAGCUAUUCUCCGAUCGUCCGCCUUUAAAUGCAGUUCUUCAAGAAAAGGCACAGAAAAUCCGAUACUCAUGUUCACCAUCCAAAUGCUUACACUCCUUACUAUCCUUCCUUCCAAUUAUCACAUGGCUCCCAAAGUAUGACUGGUCGCAUUCAUUUUUUGGAGAUCUUUCAGGAGGCCUGACAAUGGCUGUUUUCUCGGUACCUCAAGGUAUCGCACUUGCAAGUAUCACAGGGGUACCACCAGUCUACGGGUUAUACACGGCUAUCUUCCCCUCAUUCCUUUAUAUCUUUUUUGGGACUUCGAAACAUAAUGCGUUAGGUAAACCAUCCUUUGACGUCCUUUUCGGAAGAUCUUUGUUUCAAAAAAAAAUGCACACACAGAAAAAACGCAACCUCCCAAUUUUAGGUGGAUUUGCGGUCCUUUCACUCAUGACCCACGGAGCAAUUGAGAAAGUGAUGUUGAGAACGGCAACGAGUUAUAAUGCAACCGCAUAUGUGAAUCAUACACUGGAUGAGCUAUUUGAUAGGGACAAUGACACAAUUAUCACAAAUACCACUUUGAUGCAAAUACUAGGAAAUGAAACUUCAUUCGUGGAAGAAGUCACGAUGGAGAUGUGGACAGAGGGAGUGACGCCGGUCAAACAAAUCCACGUGGCAACUACAAUCAUAUUUUUGGCGGGAAUCAUUCAGGUUCUUAUGGGAGUGUUUCGUCUUCAAUACUUGACAUCUCUUUUUUCUGAGCAAGUUAUGUCUGGAUUCGUAGUUGGUGGAGGCGUUCACGUGUUUUUUGCUCAAAUCGGAAAUAUGCUUGGGAUAGAACUCCCAAGAAGAAAUGGUCCAGGAUAUUUAUAUUACCCACUUGAAAAACCCUUUCUUCUGAUUUUUCAGAGAAUCUGGGAUCUCAUAGAGAACCUGGAUAAUGUCCACAUUCCGACAGUUUCAAUUUCCAUGUCAUCAUUUUUAUUCCUGGUCAUAAGCAAAGAAUACCUUGCCCCUUGGUUCAGCUCUGCUUUCAACUAUCCAGUCCCGUUUGAGCUGCUAUUGGUGAGAAACACACGCAUGACGUCAAUAUUUAUGUUGGUGAUUAAGGUGGUUGUUGGAAUUACUGCUACUGAUUACGCGGAACUGUCUCGGCGGCAUGACGUGAAAGUUGUAGGGAAUAUACCAACUGAAUUUCCUCCACCAUCCCUUCCAAGAUUCGAUUUGAUCAGGCACAUUGGACUCAACGCGGUUGCUAUUGCUAUUACAGCAGUUGCUAUUCAUAUUACUGUAGCAAAAGUUGUUGAGAAACGAUACAAAUACAAAAUCAAUCAUGGACAGGAACUCUACGCUCUUGGAUUUGUUGGAGUUUUAUCAUCCUUCUUCCCAGUUUUCCCGGUGACUUCUGGAUUUGCAAGAAGUGUAGUCGGAGCCGCCGUCGGAGGUUCUACUCAACUCACUUGUCUCUUCUCUUCUUUGGCUUUGCUAUCUGUAAUUCUGUAUAUUGGUACGGCACUUAAAUAUUUGCCACAAUGCAUUCUGUCAGCAAUGAUUAUUUUUGCUCAAAAGGGAAUGUUUGAGAAGUUUGGUGAGCUGAAAAGCUUAUGGCCAGUUUUCAAAAUCGAUUUUGCUAUCUGGUUGAUGAGUUUCUUCCUCACAGUGUGCUAUGAUAUGGGAGAAGGUCUUCUGAUGGCAAUAGGUUUUGCAGUGCUAACAACGAUUAUCAGAACUCAACGUCCAAAAUGGCACUUCCUGUCUCGAGACGAUGAAACUGAAAGUUUCAAAGAGACCAAGAAACGAGACCUGGAACGGAUUCAGGGAAACGUUUGCAUUUUCCGAAUGGAUGCACCGUUGAUUUUUACAAGCAGUGACAGAUUUACAAUGUCUGUAUGGCAGUGUGUCAAAAAAUGGGAACGAUGCAAGUCCGAAUCGUUCGUCACAAUUGAGCAGAUGAAUUCUGACAAGAGUGCUGAUAUAUUUGACUCGAAACUGAAAGCUGCUCGUCGACGCUGGAAGAGAGAUCAAAAAUCGGAGAGUCGAUGUAAACUGGUGAUUGAUUGUGAUGGUUUCCCUUAUGUCGAUUAUCUGGGAUUAUCCACAUUGAAAAGUGUCUAUGUGGAUUUGCAAGCUGCUGGUGUUCAGUGCUAUUUUGUUGUUCAAAAGUCAGAAUUGAAACGAUUAUUCCGUGCUACAGAUUUCUAUGAUGUAGUAGAUGAGGCCAGAGUGUUUAACAAAGUUGCGGAUGCUGUGAAAGCAGCAGAACAAAAUAUUUCGUCGCUAAAAUCUGCCAAAGAAGUUUUGACAGCUCUAGCAAGUAUUGCAACUACUGAUACUAUUCUGAUUGAUGAGGAAGAUAUAGAAAAUGAAGAGUCCUCAGAAAUCGUAGGAGAUGAGGGACGAGAAGAAGAAGAAGAAGCUAGAAGAAGAGCCGUAUCCGAGCAUUCAGAAGAAAUAAUGUCAGAAACAUCAGUGUCGAUUGGAGAAGCCAGAAGCACAGCUUCAUCAAGAAACUCCAUAAACUCGGAUCAAUAA